AUGACUAGGACAGCUUUCCUGGAGCUGAGUAGUAACCAGAAUCCUGAUAUGCAAAGGGAUGAUUCUGUCCCAGAGGAUAAUAUUUGGAGGGGUAUCCUGUCUGUGAUUUUCUUCUUUCUAAUCAUCAGUGUUCUAGCUUUUCCUAAUGGACCCUUUACACGUCCCCACCCUGCAAUAUGGAGAAUGGUUUUUGGUCUCAGUGUGCUCUAUUUCCUGUUCCUGGUAUUCGUGCUCUUCCUUAACUUUGAGCAGGUAAAAGCAGUGAUGUACUGGCUGGAUCCUAAUCUUCGAUAUGCCACAAGGGAAGCAGAUAUUAUGGAGUAUGCUGUGAACUGUCAUGUUAUCACCUGGGAGAGAAUCCUCAGCCACUUUGAUAUAUUUGCUUUUGGGCAUUUCUGGGGCUGGGCUAUGAAGGCUUUGCUGAUCCGCAGCUACGGGCUGUGCUGGACUAUUAGCAUCACCUGGGAACUCACUGAGCUCUUCUUCAUGCACCUUCUGCCUAAUUUUGCUGAAUGCUGGUGGGAUCAAGUCAUUUUGGACAUCCUGCUUUGUAACGGGGGUGGCAUCUGGUUGGGCAUGGUAGUUUGUCGUUUCUUGGAGAUGAGGACCUAUCACUGGGCAAGCUUCAAAGACAUUCACACGACCACAGGGAAAAUCAAAAGAGCUGUAUUACAGUUCACCCCAGCCAGCUGGACCUAUGUCCGCUGGUUUGACCCUAAGUCUUCAUUUCAAAGAGUGGCUGGAAUCUACCUUUUCAUGAUCAUUUGGCAGCUGACUGAGUUGAACACAUUCUUUUUGAAACAUAUCUUUGUGUUCCAAGCAAGUCACCCUUUAAGCUGGGGGAGAAUUCUCUUCAUAGGAAUCAUUACAGCACCCACUGUAAGGCAAUACUAUGCAUACCUUACAGAUACGCAGUGCAAGAGGGUGGGAACUCAGUGCUGGGUGUUCGGGGUUAUUGCUUUCCUUGAAGCCAUAGUGUGCAUAAAGUUUGGACAGGAUCUUUUUUCCAAAACGCAAAUACUGUAUGUUGUGUUCUGGCUUCUCUGUGUGGCCUUUACAACUUUCCUGUGUUUAUAUGGUAUGGUUUGGUACGCAGAAUACUAUGGCCACCGAGAAAAGACCUUAUCAGAAAGUGAAGACAGCCCAUACAGUCCAGAUGCUUCCUGGCUUCAUUCUAAAUUCAGUAGAGGUGCUGACAGUAGUCCACCAAAACAUUCAGUCAAUAGUGAAAGCCAUUCAUCUAGGAGGAGGAAUCGACACUCCAAAUCGAAAGUAACGAAUGGAAUCGGCAAGAAAUAAGAGUGGUCUCUGCAGAUAUCCUACAGUGUGACCAGAGGUGACAAAGAAAAUCAGACCUGGCUCUGAAUUUCCAAAUGGAAGAUUGAUUUUUAAAUUUAAAAGUUAAAAAAGGAGGUGUUGAAUGAAAGGAUGAUCAAGAUGGAGCCACCAGUGUAGUGCAAAUCCAUUGCCUGCUGACACUUGUCAUUCACUGAUUUAAAUCUAGGUUCUUCAGCAUGUGGCACCAAAAGCUAAUGAAGAGUAUGCUGGAAAGAAAAAAAUUGUCCUAGCAGGUACACCCUGGUUUGUGU